UUUAUAGGAUUUGUGACCCCAAGUCCCAAACGCAGAAGAACAGAUUUAUCUCUGGAAAGGUCUGACGUAGGAAGUCCCAAAAGAGGAAGAAAGCCUAAAAGACGAAGCAGCAAAGACAUUCCUCUACAAUUCAGGAUUGUUCUGCUGGGGAAGAACAGCUCAGAGAUCAGCAGAGUUGGGAACUUCAUCUUGGACAGAGAUGCUUUUAAUACUGAAGCUCUUCCUCCUUCAGUAGAGCAGCACAGUGAGAGAGCUGGAGGAACAGUGGAGGGAAGAUACAUCACCCUCAUCAACACACCUCACCUGCUUGAUCCUCAGCUCUCUGAAGAAGAGCUGAAUCAGAGAGUGAGAGAGUGUGUAUCUCUGUGUUCUCCUGGACCUCAUGUGUUUUUACUGGUUUUUGAGUCAGGAAACUUUACCAAGCAGGACCAGGAGAGAACCAGACAUGUACUGAACUCUUACAGCUCAUCUUCACUGGACUACACUAUAGUGUUGACUCAGAGUACGCCGUACCGUGGAAAUCUUUCUGCAGGGUGUUGUUUGGUACAGAAAGGUCGGUAUUUGCAGCUGUUGAUCACAGACUGUAAAGAGAGGACAGAAGAUAUUUCAGUGAUUACAAAUCAUCAGCUUUUGGAGAAGAUAGAUGAAGUGGUAAAGGAAAAUGGAGGAGGCUACCUGACCUGUGAUGAGCUACAGGAGAGGCUUUCAGUAAAAUCAGAAGAGGCAGAUACGAGUGAAGAAACAAAGAGAAAGUCCAAGGAAAAUUACAGUUCUGUCCUGAAGACAUUAGAAGAGGAGCGACAGAAGCACAAAGCUGAAAAGGAGGAGAUGAAGAGAAUUAUUGAAGCUCUAGAGAUGAAGCUUAAGACUCGGGCACCAGCAGAUGCUGUGCAGAGUGAGGACACUUUCAGGAUUGUGUUAUUGGGGAAGACUGGAGUGGGGAAGAGUGCUUCUGGAAAUACCAUCCUGGGCAAAGAAGUUUUCAGGGAGUUAAGUUCUUUUCGGUCAGUUACCAGCGUCUGUCAGAAAGAAUCUGCUAAAGACAGACGGAGACGAGUCACUGUGAUCGACACUCCGGGACUGUUUGAUACAAAUGUUCCUAAUGAAGAGAUCAGGAAGGAAAUUGUUAAGUGUAUCACCAUGGCUGCACCAGGUCCACACGUCUUUCUGCUGGUGCUGACAGUGGGACGCUUCACACAAGAGGAGAAAGAAGCAGUGAAGAUGAUCCAAGAUCUGUUUGGUGAAGAAUCCAGAAGAUACACCAUGGUGCUCUUCACCAGAGGAGAUGAUCUGCGAGGAACAAAUAUCAAUGAUUAUAUCAAAGAUUCUGAUCACAGCUUACAAAACAUCAUUUACCAGUGUGGAAACAGAUACCACGUGUUCAACAACAGAAAUCCUGAAGACCAAACCCAGGUCACUGAUCUACAGGAGAAGAUCAACUCCGUGGUGGCAGUGAAUGGAGGGAGCUGCUACACUAAUGAGAUGUUCCAGCAGGUGGAGAAAGCUCUACAGCAAGAUAAGGAGAGAAUCCUGAAGGAGAGAAAAGAGGAGAUAGAGAGAGAGAAAGAAGAACUGAGAGCCAAACAUGAAGCUGAGCUGGAGAAACUGAAGAAGACCAUGGAGAAGGAACGGCAAAGUCUGGAAAAUGAGAGAAGACAAAAGGAGAAAGAGUUUCAGGAGAGAGAAGCUCAAAUAAAGGAGGAGACAAACAAAGAGCUCAAAAAGGAAAUGAGCAAGAGACUUAAAGAACAGCAAGAGUCCUUUACUGAGGAGAUGAAAAAGAAAGUGCAGACCUAUAAAGAACAAUUGCAGAAAGAUCUGCACUAUCAGAAAGAAAAUUAUGAGAGGGAGAAAGAAAAAAUAAGGAAAAAUGCAGAGGAGAAGGCGAGACGGCAGGCAGAAGAGGAAUUCUGCGCUAAACUGGAAAUAGCAGUGGCAAAAGCCAGAGAAGAGGGCAGGAAAGAGGGCAGAAAAGAGGACAGGGAAGAGGGCAGGAAAGAGGAAAGGGAAGAGGGCAGAGAAGAGGGCAGGAAAGAGGGCAGAAAAGAGGACAGGGAAGAGGACAGGGAAGAGGGCAGGAAAGAGGACAGGGAAGAGGGCAGGAAAGAGGGCAGAGAUGAGGGCAGGAAAGAGGGCAGAAAAGAGGACAGGGAAGAGGGCAGGAAAGAGGACAGGGAAGAGGGCAGAGUAGAGGGCAGGAAAGAGGGCAGAGUAGAGGACAGGAAAGAAGGCAGAGUAGAGGGCGGAGAAGAGGACAGGGAAGAGGGCAGAGUAGAGGGCAGAGUAGAGGGCAGAGAAGAGGACAGGGAAGAGGGCAGAGUAGAGAGCAGAGAAGAGGACAGGGAAGAGGGCAGAGUAGAGAGCAGAGAAGAGGACAGGGAAGAGGGCAGAGUAGAGGGCAGGGAAGAGGGAAAUGCAGGGCGACUAGCACAUGAAUGGAGCAAGAAAGCAGGCCCUCUAGAAGCAGGAGGAUUGAUCAGUGGAUUGAUGGACUGGAUAAGAAAAAAAAUAAUAUCAUAAAUCAAAACCUGUCCAUUUGGAGAGAUUAUGGCUAAAAUUCUCUUUGAAACUGUGAUGAUAUCAGUAGACCUGACCCCUCACCAGUAUACUGUGGGACACUGACAUUGUGUACUGCAGUUUUAAUAAUGAGAAAAUAAUCUUAACUGAAGUGAUGGAAGAGCCCUCGGGUUACUGGUGGGAAGGGGGUUGGCCUGAGCUGGUUCAGUUAUACCUGUGGAAAGGGGAAGAAUAAGAUUAGUAAUGUGUUAAAGAUAGUACUUACCUUGAAGUGCACUAUUUUGAUAAAAUAUAUAUUUUUAACUGAUAUCAGUGAUGUUUUUUAGUAUUUGUUGGUUUGAGUAAUUGUUGAUAAUUGUAAUUGUGUGUUUAUAUGUUUACGUAUGCAUUAGCGCUAGUCUGUAGUAAUAGUAGUGCCCAAUUGUUUAAGGGUUGGGGCCAUAGCUUUUAACCUCCUAAGACCUGAACUCUUGCAUGGCAUGCAUUUUUUAUUUCUCUUUGCUAUGUGGGCUAAUUGGCACCUGAUUAGUGUAAAAACAAAGAAUUAUCUUUUUACAUGAUGUAGUUUCUUAGAAAAAUGAUGUCCACAUAUGAGGACUUUAGUUUUAUAUUUCGAUAAAACACAAUGAAAUCACAAUUAGUAAUGAUGUGCAAAACAUUUAUUUUAUGCCUGAACACAGCAGCAUUUUUUGCCUGAGUGCAAAACAAAAGUAGAAACAACAAUUGUGCCCCUCUGAGCAAUAUGGAUCAUUUUAAGUGCUGCUUCAACAUGAAGAAAUAACAAAGAAAAAAACAAACAUUUUCUAUUUAGUGUUCAUUUACAUUUCUGAACAAUUGCAUUAACAUUGCAUGAAGCAUGAAACAUUUGAAGUGCUGCUUCAACAUGAAG